CGCUUCCUGGUUGUGGUUAUUCUCACUGUAACUGUUGACUGUUGCUGUUUUCAAAGCGGUCAGACUGAUCAGGAAACUUUUGUGCUGCCAGCUUCAGUCACCUGAGAUCGCAGCAAGAAAAUUAGCGAAAGCAUUUUCGACGUCAGCAGCCAAAAUGGGUAUUUUGGGCCUUUCAAAACUGAUCUCGGACGUGGCGCCGGGUGCUGUCAAGGAGAGCGAAAUCAAACACUAUUUCGGCCGGAAGGUUGCCAUUGACGCAUCAAUGAGUUUGUAUCAAUUCCUGAUUGCCGUUCGCUCCGAAGGCGCUCAGCUCACUUCGGCUGAUGGAGAGACCACAAGCCACCUGAUGGGAACUUUCUACCGCACAAUCCGGCUGGUUGAGAAUGGCAUCAAGCCUGUGUACGUGUUUGAUGGUAAACCUCCGGAGCUCAAGUCUGGGGAGCUGGGGAAAAGACAAGAGCGAAGGCAGGAGGCACAGAAGGCCCUUGAAAAGGCCACGGAAGCGGGUGACGCCGAGCAGGUGGACAAGUUCAACCGGCGUUUAGUCAAGGUGACCAGAACCCACGCAGAGGAAUGCAAGAAACUGCUGUCACUCAUGGGGAUCCCUUUUGUCGAUGCCCCUUGCGAAGCGGAAGCUCAGUGCGCCGCAUUGGUCAAGUCGGGGAAGGUUUUUGCCACUGCCACUGAAGACAUGGACGCCUUGACCUUUGGCUCCAACAUUCUGCUCAGGCACAUGACCUUCAGCGAGGCCAGGAAGAUGCCCAUCCAGGAGUUCCACUUAGACAAAGUUUUGUCUGGACUAGAGCUGAGCAAGGAGCAGUUUAUCGACCUGUGCAUUCUCCUUGGAUGCGACUAUUGCGACUCGAUUAAAGGCGUUGGACCGAAAAGGGCCAUCGAAUUGAUCAGGAACAACGGCAGCAUUGAAAAGAUUGUCAACAACCUGGACAAGAAGUACACAGUUCCCGAAAACUGGCCCUUUGAGUACGCGAGGAAACUUUUCGUGGAGCCCGAGAUCACAGAUCCAGAGAAAAUUGAGCUGAAGUGGGGAGCCCCAGAUGUAGACGGACUUGUUCAAUAUCUGUGCGUCGAAAAAGGAUUCAAGGAAGACAGAGUUCGCAGUGGAGCUGCCAAGUUGGCCAAGAGCAAAAGCUCAGCUACUCAGGGUCGACUUGAGGACUUUUUCAAAGUGAUUCCUAACAACAACCCUUCAGUGAAGAGGAAAGCGGAUGAGAAAAACAACAAGAACGCUAAGAAGAGCAAAGGUGGUUUCCGAAAACCUAAGUAAAUGUUAUCCACUUGCAUUUUUAACCUAGUUAUUUUAAGUGUAAAAUAAAAAAUUCC